AACCAAAUUAAACACAGUUAUACUCCUUUCUUUCAACAAUAAAUGUCUCAUUUUUUACAUGCUUGAGUUUUAAAAUAUUGUUUAACUUCCUAACAGAAAGUGAGUAACUUCAAAACAGAAAGUGAGUAGAAAAAAUUAAUGAAAUAUAAGUCAUACUUUUAUAUUUUGAUUUUAUAAUAAAAUAAGAGUGGAAUGAAUUAGUACAGUAUGGGGUCCACUUGUCACCGAUAGUAAAAGUAAAAUGAGACAUUUAUUUACGAACGGACGCAAAAAGGAAAACUGAGAUAUUUAAUGGCGAAUAGAAUGAGUAUUUUAAAGUGAAAAUCGAGCUGAAUUGUAACCCAUAUUGAUAGGGUGGCCCCCUCCGACACAUACAAGAUCUGGAAGCGUGCCGGGAACCUCCGCGCCGAUACCACCCUGGCAGGGUUCGAUGGCAUGAACUUCAAGCGGCGCAACCAGAGCUUCCUCUUCAUCAACAACGUGGACCGCCCGGACGUGCCCCAAGGGUCUCUCCUCAUCGUCAAGCACGCCAAGAAACAAGUCCACGUGGCCGAAUACCAGAGGAUCGGGACGCCACUGACGGAGGAUCAGAUCGCUAAGGACUGCAACCCCGCGAGUGUUUCUCGGCCCAGCGUGGACGUGUCAAAAGCGGAGCUCGUCAACUGCAAGAACUGGAGGCGCCAGGAUAGGACUGAGCACGUGGGGAAAUGGAAGUCGAGGGUUUACGAGAUGCACAACGCGGUGGUGAAGUUUCGUGAGUGCAAGCUGCCAGCAGAGGCAGCGGAGUUAUCGAGUGAGGCGGUGAAAAAGCAGCCCAAGAAGGCGGAGGAGGAGGCAUUUAAGAAGAAUCUAAGGCCGAUGCUUUGGUUGACGGAGCAGUUCUGAAGACAACCUUCCAACCCAGGACUUUUCCGGUCAAGGUAAUAAAUCUAGACGCAUGCUACUAUACAUCCACUGCUUUGAAUUAAUUUGGUUGGGUUUGUAGAAUUAGAUAUCGAUACCUGUGGUUCCGACUGUGAGAGUGGUGAUAACGUUCACAAAAUUUAUAGAGCUACAAUCGACGGAGGAAGAUUUUCACACUCCACCGUCAAGUCCUGGGCCAGAAGACGAGAGGAGCAGUGGGGAUUACGCGUUCACAUCGAGUAGUGGCGGAGAGUGUUGAGAAAGGAAAAGUUGACAUUGGGAGAAUAUUCCAAACAAUAAGGAAAAAUAUUCCAAUCAAUUAUACUCCAAGAAUAGAAUAGGGAAAUUGAUCUUUGAUUGAUACUUUACCAUAGUUACAAAUGUAUCAACCCUAUAUAAUGGGGUAUUCUAUACUGUAAUAAUCAUGAAUCACAAAGUCUCAAUUACCGAUCUUAUACUCCCUUUUCAUCCUCUUUUAUGCUUUCUCUAUUCCCAAACUAUGCCUGAUACACCAUUCAAGAUGGUAUCAGAGCGGGGAUGAGACUCAGAAUAGUUUCAUCACUGUCUCGGACCAAUCUCAAACCUUUUAGCUAAAACCCGGCAGAU